CCUCUCGCGUCGUUCCAGAAAAGGGAAAACCGCGUCAUUGCAAUAUAUAUCCCACCCUCAGAACUCUCAACUCUACAACACAUCAGCAGCGUCAAUUUCUUCACUUGAGCCCUUGCAAUCCCCUUCUCAUCACUCUUCGUGGACAACACCAACAGCACGUGGUAUUCUCCUCUCAUAAUGAACUCCUCCCACCUACCUGCAGCCCAUGUCCGAUGCACACUUUCGGACAAAGCCAACCAAAAACAGCAACCCUCGAUUGCAACCUGCUAGUUCAAUCUAGCUCUGCCCCUCGCUUUCUUCGACAGAAAUCUCCAAGGGAGCGUUUCUCCAUUGUUUAUCUUCUUUCAUAUCUUACCUUUCUUUCAAAAAAACUCGACUCUUUAAGGACCUUGGGAUUGAACCUGCCAUAAAGAUGGGCUACUUCUCAAGUUUCCGCCAAUCCUUCUCGUCCUUCCUGGCCCCUCAGAAAUCCCCUCUCGAACGACCGCCAUCACAAACUGGUCUGCCCACGCCUAGCGCAGUCGAGCCGCGUGCGCAAUCAUUUUCAGAAGUCUUACAACACCGUUCAAUGAGCCCUACGUCCAAAAUGCAGGAUUGGCUUUCAUGCACCGCGUCCAGCCAAUUCGAUGGAAGAAGUGGAGAGGGAAGCGAGUCUGUAAAUCGACGAGGGAAAAUGGCAUUCCAUCCUUCCAUGAUGAGAGGAAUCGUGGAGACACCCCGGGACGCGUACAGGAACUUUAUGCAACUUCCCACUCCGGCUGAGUCCGGGUCGAAGAGGAAAUUGACGUUUGAUCGUAGUUACGCUCAAGCGGAGAAUCAAAUCAGUGCCCAUGAGGAUGAUCUGGAGGGAGAUACGCUUGUGGUGGGUGAAGCUACUCCAGCUAAACGACGACGGGUUCGUGAGGGCAUGAUAUAUAUGGGCGAACGAGAGACUAUGGAAGUACAGCUGUUUGAGGGUGAUACUCUUGGUGUGGAAGAUACUGAGGCAAUGACGGGCUCAGGAGCUGAAAGCGAAGCUGAAGAUUCAGAUAUAGUCAAUGAAGAGUCUACAUUGAGCGAUAAUGAAGACGCGGCGUCCCUGGUUGCCUCGGAUGAUUUUGGAACUGAUGGUGAUGAGGUACUGCUAGUCCCUCCGCAUCCACGUAAGGCGAACCGUGGCUCGAAAAUCUCGCGUGACAUAGACGAUGUUUACCGCCCUUCGUCAACGGCUGUGGACAAGAACCUGAAUCGGGACCCGAGCAUGGAAAACGACCUAAGUGAAGAUGAAGUUGUCGGGAAGUCGCACGUUGUGAGCAAAAAUGAGAGGAAGGAAGUGGCAUUUGAUUUCUCUGUGGAGAGAGCAGAACGCUGGGUUGCUGCUAUCAAGUUGCCGAAGGGGCACUGGGCGGAAGCGGAGAAGGACCUCUUCUAUCGCCUUGCAAUGCGAGGAUUCGAACCUCUCGUGCCUAGCAAUUGGCAAUUGGAUUUCAGCACCCUUCCCGAAUCGCUGCUUGGUCACCCAGAGGAUAUCACCCCUCCUUAUAUCGAUGCGAUUGGUGCAUCGGAGUUUCGUGCUAUCAACGCCCUUAGCGAUCUCUUUGAACUUGGAAGUCAAGUCAGGGACCGCCAAUCGGUCUACCUUCGGCCCGAGCCAGUUAUCCGUCGCGCCAUCACGGGUUAUAUCAAAUGGGCCUUGUACGAUUCUAACCUCCUCAAUCGUCCAAAUGCAAUCCCCAUAUACGCAAUAUAUUCUCUUAAACCAUCCGAGUCCACUCGCGAUGCCCUUCAAAUCCUAAACCAACGGUUAGUCAUGUUGGCGAACCGUUACCGCGAAGCCUGGCGAUUAACGCCUAGUAUCGAGACCAGCUUCAAUGGAAAAACCAACGACGCCGAGAAUAACGAAAGUGGUCAAUGCGACAGCAUCAACCAAUAUGCGACUCGCCCAUUCCCAGUUAUAACCGGAUUCCUGAUCUGCGGGCCCAUCGUUGCACUUCUCACCCUGAACUCGGACCCGCAGGUGCAUCCCGUCUUGGACUCAAUGUUUUCCGCCAAAUUCAUCUCGCAGUUUGAUUUUAGCGAGAUUGCGCAAGAUGUGUGGAAUUCGUUCGCUGUUGCCAUUGCUGUUGUUCGGAUGCGAAAGACGAUGGCUCAGUUGGAAGCGGAAGGAAAAGGGGAUGUUAUGUGGAUGACUGGCGACGAGGCCCGUUCGGGGGACCCGGAUCUCUAGGCAUCUCGUCAACUUGAUGUCGAAGGCUAUGAGUAUAGUUUUCCCGGGAUGGUUAAUUGGUGUCAUUCAGAUGGGUGGUUGUGCCAUUGAUGGACCACUGAUGGCGGUUGUGGUACUGCUGCUGCGUACUAAAUAAUCGGGCCCAAUUUUCCAUCUGCUUGAGCUGUUACUUUUCUUCUCUUUUUUUUUUCCCCUUUUGUUUGUUUUUAUGCAAUAUAUGUUUUACGAAUUGUACGUGCUUAUGAUGGAAGAUAUUGAAACCAAUACUCACGCUGGCAUGGAACUGGGAGAUACCCUUUUUGUUUAUACCCCUUAGUUCUUUCUGGCGUCCUUUGCUCUGUAGAUUAUCCGAUUGCUGAAUUUAUUCCCUUGAAUUUACUUCUCUUUUCGCAGUA